UCUGAAUUUUCUAACCUAUAAAUUUUGACAAAUGGUCAGAUGCAUCGAUAUCUGGAUUACAAGGAUUACAAGCAUUACUGAAUUUCCUGAAUUUCUACUUUAUUGUUCUUUAUUAUUUAAUUCUGGUUUAAUGUUUAAUUGUGCCAUUUUAUAGAAAAGCAAUGCGAUUAAGAGAUUACAAGAAAAUAAUUUAUUAUCUCAAAUCAACUGGAAUUUGUGUUGCAUCUGCAGGUGGUUGUUGGUUUCUGUAUCAAUUGCAUCAAAUUUCAGAAAAAGUUCGAGCAGCUGUUGCAAGUAAUGUUUUGCAAUUAGAAAAUCUCCACGUUCAGUAUAUUUAUGUCGACGAUCCUAGACUUAAAGAUAUCUUCAUGUUUCGAGAAAAGGAUGAUCUUAAUUCGUAUGUGAAGGAAAACCCGCAAAAUCUCACUCAAAUAAUAAUUAAAUGGUGGAAAACUUUAAACCGUAGUUUAGCUUAUAGAUUAUUGCACAUGGCUCGCAAUGGUUCGAAAGAAGAACGAGAAAAAGCUGUUUAUUCACUGAGUAAUCUAAAACACCUGAAAGACUGGCAUUAUCGUGGUUUGGCACAAAUGCUCGAUGCAAGGACCGCUGUCUCCCUGGCAAGAAUGCCCAAUACGGAUUUAAGAUUUUUUUUACAACCACCUUAUUAUCAUGAGAAGCAUAAACUUUUCGAUCUGAUAGAGAGGACACACACAAUUCUCUUGAAAUUGGAUAAUUUAUGUCAGAGUUGUCAUCCUUGUUUAAAGCAAUUUAUUAACAGAAAGUUCAAAGACUUUCAUCGCGAAGGUUUGAUAUUCGACCACGAUUUAGUAAGUGUCGGUCUUGCCGUGCCACCAGCAAUAAAUUGGGAUCCAGAAUUUCUUCAAAAUUGCUUACAAGCCAUUCAUCAUCAUUCCUCUCUUGAGCAACACAGCAAAGACGUUGUAGAUGUUGGUGGUCUCUCUGUAUUGACGAACAUUCAGAACAAUUUCGACAAUAAUUUGAAUAUCAAGAUUUUACUCGCAAAAAUAUUGUCGAAUCUUUCGCUUCACUCCGAUUGUUUGGAUGAUAUUUUUCGAUCAGGAUGGAUAGGAAUUUUGGCGCAAUGGUCCAGAGAUGAGGAUAUUCGACUGGCAUCGCCGGCAGCAAGAGCGUUGGCAAAUUUGGAUUUAGAUGAUAAUAAGGGCGAGAUGUAUUCUCAAAGUAUUUUUCCUUUACAUCCAUUGCAGAGGUAUCGAACCCAGAGAAAGAUGGAUGUGAUUUUUAUACACGGACUCCUGGGUGGCGUUUUUGUCACCUGGAGACAACGAGAUUCACAUUUAAUACCCGCGGAGAUUGUAGAUCCUUGUUCGGAGGAAUACAGUAACGACUCAUUUACUGAGAUAAUCAAAGGGUAUCCACAGGAAUUUGUUAAGGAUUUGGCUGAGGACUUGAAAAUGCAUGAAUGGAAGCGAAUUGGCCAUGAUUUUGAAGUUGUCCUUCACGAUUGUCCCAUAAAUGUUAAUUAUCAGGCUUGUGGACCGUACACAUGCAAAGGAGAUGAUAAUUGCAUGCAAGAGGGCAAAGAGAAAAGUUGUAAAACGCAAUGUUGGCCGAAAGAUUGGCUUUCGAAGGAUGUGCCUUCAGUGCGUGUCAUUGGAAUUAAUUAUGACACUAAAUUGUCCACGUGGACACCUCUUUGUCCUAUUGAAGGAAUGAGGAGCACAAUUAAAGAAAGAAGCGAUGAAUUUAUAAGAAAGUUAGUUUUAGCCGGUGUUGGAAAAAAACCUGUCGUGUGGAUUUGUCAUUCAAUGGGUGGAUUGUUGGCGAAAACAAUGCUAGUCGAAGAAUGGAAAAAUGGAGAUAAACAUAAUAUUUGCAAAAUGUCGAAAGGAAUUAUUUUUUAUAGUACACCACAUCAAGGUUCGAGUGCCGCUGCCUUGAAUCAAGCAUCGGAAAUGCUUGUUUGGCCCUCGAUUGAAGUUAAAGAACUCCGAGAACAAUCACCAAAAUUGAUAGAUUUACAUGCGAAUUUCAUUAAAAUGUUGGAUAAUUUCCCAAUGGAUAUUGUGAGUUUCAGUGAAACGAAAUCAACACUCGUUACAGCUUUAAAAUUAAAAUUUCAAUUUGUCAAACCAAAGUCGGCUGAUCCAGGUAUUGGGGAAUUUUUCGAAAUACCUCAAGAUCAUUUUUCCAUUUGCAAACCAGCAAAUAGACAAUCGUUUUUAUACCAAAAAGUACUGAGCAUCAUAAGAAAAAAUGUCGAUAAUGCAACACAAGAAAAGUCAUUGAAAGAAUAGUUUUCAAAGACAAAGGUAAAUCGCAAAAACAUGACUAUUUUUCUAUCAUAAUUCUGUAAAAAAUGUAAAAUAUUACAUAUUUAUAUAUUAAAAUUUAAUUUAUAAACAAUAA